CGAACUAAUGUCAAAUAUAUAACUGAGUAAAUCAUUUGCCUAUACAGGAAACACUCUACCAGCCUCACUGACGAGGCAUUUGUGAAUACUGAUUUAUAAUGAAUGAAACUACAUUAUUUUUUUAUCUGGAAAUUUCAUGCGUUCGUUGCGUGUGGUUUGCUCUUCUAGGGAAAUUGACCUUGCCGCAGAGGACAUAAGAGGGGUCACUUGUGUCUUCCACUCGUCACGGUUUUCGCCAUCCUCGAAAAUGGCGCAAAUGGUGAGGUGCAGAGUCGGCCUAUUUUCUAUUAAAUUCGCGAAUCAGACUGUGUCGCGCCUUUUUGUACCUGUAAAAUAUCAACGAUCAUGGUUCCAUACCAGCUGGAUUCUCGACGUCAAAGGCAAGGAACUGCUCAUGCCUUCUUUAUCCCCUACGAUGGAGUCGGGUACUAUUGUAAAAUGGCUCAAAAAGGAAGGUGACAAUAUACAAGCUGGUGAUGCUGUGGCUGACAUACAAACGGAUAAGGCUGUUGUUACAAUGGAAAUGGAUGAUGAAGGCAUAUUAGCAAAAAUCAUUGUUACGGAGGGAACCAAAGAUAUCAAAGUUGGUACUUUGAUUGCACUUACUGUUGAAGAGGGCCAGGACUGGAAAUCAGUUGAGUUACCUAGUGAUGCAGCCACUUUAGUGUCAUCUGCUUCUGGUACAACUGAAGCUGCACCGUCAUCAACACCUGCUAUAUCGUCUGAACCUCCACCACCAGGACAACAAAAUAUUGCGAUGCCUGCCCUAUCACCGACGAUGACGUCAGGUACUAUUGUAAAAUGGCUGAAAAAAGAAGGAGAUGAAAUUGAACCUGGAGACGCUCUAGCGGAUAUUCAGACUGAUAAAGCUGUAAUGUCUUUUGAAUUGGAUGAAGAGGCCAUUCUUGCAAAGAUUCUUAUUCCUGAAGGUUCCCAAGUGGAGGUUGGGCAACUUAUUGCUAUAACUAUGGAGAAAGGAUCGGAUUGGAAAACAGCUGUAGUUCCUGCAGUAACUAAGGCUGUCACAGCACCAACAUCUGAACCUACCGUUUCGAAGCCAUCUCCCUCAACAACUGCAGCACCAGCAGGUCCACAGCCUCCACCAAGUGGACAAGUGUAUGGAUUAGCUGUAAAGCGAUUAUUAGAAGAAUAUGGUCUGAGUUCAGGAUCUAUAAAGGGAACAGGCAGGCCAAAUCGUCUUCUGAAAAGCGACGUGCUAGCUCACAUUGAAGCAAAUCAUUUACAAAAAGUCACUCAAAUAAUUGUUCCUGUACUCGAAGAAUCUAAAAAGACUCCUGGAACUGGUUCUACUAGUUCUCCCAUAAUAAAACCAGCUGGAAAGGGUUCACCUUAUAUAGAUAUCGAAGUAUCGAAUAUUCGUGCUGUGAUCGCCAAAAGAUUAGGAGAAUCCAAGGCCAACAUACCGCACUCUUAUGCCACCGUGGAUGUACAAAUAGACAAACUCAAUGAAUUACGCAGUAAACUCAAAACGGAUAACGUGAACGUAUCUGUAAAUGAUUUAAUAACAAAAGCUGUAGCUCACGCGUUACUCGAGUGUCCUGAUGUCAAUAGCUUAUAUCAAAAUGGCCAGGUAAUACGAGCACAGAAGGUCGAUAUUUCUGUAGCAGUAUCCACGCCAACAGGACUUAUCACUCCAAUAGUCUUUGAUACGCCAUCUAAGAGCUUAGCUGAUAUUGCCAGCAACAUUAGAGAUCUGGCAGGGCGAGCUCGCGAAGGAAAAUUAAAGCCCCAGGAAUUUCAGGGUGGAUCCUUCACAAUUUCCAACUUAGGAAUGUUUGGAAUCAAAGAAUUUUCUGCGAUAAUCAAUCCGCCGCAAACAGCCAUUCUAGCCGUUGGAGGUGGGCGAGUAGAAUUAGGCCCUUCCCUGACCAAGUCCACCAGAAUGACUGCCACGCUAUCCUACGAUGCACGUGCUAUUGACGAAGACCAAGCAGCUGAAUUCCUGACAGUGUUGCGUUCCAUUCUGGAGAAUCCCGUUGCCCUGGCUGUAGCUAAAUCCCGAGCCCUUAGGCAUCGACGAGAAUAAUUCCACUGAAAUAACUUCACAAUUUGGAGGUUUCAAGAACUUUCCUCAUACUGCCGACUAAUUUCGACGAAUUGUACAAAAUAAAGAAAAUAUUUAUUCGAGGCUUCGCCUGGUUCUGCGCUGUGCAUGCGUAUAAGUUAUCUCUUUUGUGAUAUCCCACUUGUUAGUCAUACAUCUGUUAAUUAGAUUAUGUCCAUAUUAUCGAUAGUAUCCCAAUGAUCAUCCCGUUCUAGCCUGUUUAUCCGUACCAAAUAGUUUUUCUUUUUCAUACGUCUUAAUUCCCAAACGCUAUUGUCUUCGUUCUUGGCGCACGACUCUUAAUGUUAACUGGUGACUGCAGUAUCAACAGAUAAAAGCAAUAUAUAUUGAGUUUCAAAUGCCAAUAUAUUUUGGUACUGCAUUGGGAUAUCCGACCUUUGAAAAAAAAAAAAAACAUUUACCUUUCCUUCUUACGUAGCUAAUUAUCUAUAAGAAAUAUAGUUAAUUGUUUGUAGAAAUUAUAAUUAUAGAUUUAUUGCAUAGCUGUCUUUAUUCUAGAAAGCAAAUGAAUAAGUCACUUUUGAUUCAUCCAUUUCCGUUGAAUAUUCCUCGACUUCAGGUAUCAUUGUCAUUGUUAUUAUCAUUAUUUUUAAGGUAAACUUAAAGAAGUUGGUGCAUACCUUGGUGUCUUUGACACCUUUUCAUCCGUAUAAGUACUUUUCAAUAGUUCAUAUUCCGGCAACAUACGCACAAUUGUGUUUAUUCAACAAUUUGCAUCGCUUCGAAAGCAGCUAUGUCUAUAUACACACGCGCGUUCGCACACGAGGACUUUCAUACGGGUGUUAGUAGUAUGUACAACGUGAGAAAGUGACUAUACAAAGACCCGAGAUGUUUAUUGUUAAUGUCGAAUGGAUGAUAAUAAUAGUUGGAAUAAUUAGAAAAUGCAUGGGACGAUAUUUUAAAUAAAAAAUAUUUAUUGCCAAUAAUAA